AGCAGGUGCAGUGCCUCUAUCGCUCUGUCUCUCUCCCUUUCCUGGCAUCAGCAGUAGGGAAGAGCAGAAAGCUGUCUAUGUAUGUGUGCGUGUAUGUGUCUGGCUGCAGUGUCGUAGGCACAGGAAGGCUGGAGCCGUUGCAAAAUCCCACAGGAGAUUAGAGCUGGAGCACACGCUCGUCCGGACUCUUUACAAAUGGCAGCCCUAGGAGAGAGCAUCGGACAGGCAGAACAAACAGAAAACAGACGGAACCAGAAUAAGGAACGGAUGAAUUUUGUCUCGUGGAAAAACUGCAUGCUGUAAUUUUUUACCGUCUCCUUUUCUCUCUCUGUCUGUCUUUUACAAGCUCACUCCUCCCUUCAUCUCUCUGCUCCUCUCUCUCUCUCUCUCUCUCUCUUUCUCUCUCGCGCUCUCGCAGUGGUGGAAUGUAGAUGGGGCUGAGUGUGCGCUCGCUGCUCGGCACGAUAUUAACGACUUGCUGUACGACGACGGGUUUCUCAGCAGCAAGAAGGGAUUUACAACAGUAACGAGUCUGACAACAAUACCAUCCAUCGCCAUUCUUUUGCAGCCUGCAUGCUGUGGAAAACUCUGAUACUGCCACUGUUUCCUCUUCUAGGUCUUGGCUGGAUCGUCUUAGCCGGAGCUCAUGUGCACUUGGUUCGUUCCGCAGAUCCCUGCUCCCGUAAGGAUGCUAUAAAUCUGCAGAAGCUUCUGUCGUUGAAGGGGACAUAUUGCAUCUCGGUCAGUGCAGACUGGUUUUCUCUGAAGGGAUCGGCUUUUUUGGGAUGUGUAUAGCUGAGUCAGCGUUACAAAUACAAAACCGCUAAUCCGAUCGAGAUCUGGAAAAGGAAUUAACAAGAUCAAAAGGGGCAGAGAGGAAAAUACUAAUGGGGUAACUUUUACUGAACUCCUUGUUAACGUAUAAUACUAAUCUCAAGGAAAUGAUAUAGAAAAAUCAUUCUAUCUGCACGAGACGGAUUUGAUUAUCUGACACAGGAGAAAGUGCUACUGCAACGGAGUCAACAUGCAGAUGGCUUCACUCCUCCCUUUUCUUUUGCUCUGCACCUUUAUUUAAAAUUUGAUCGUUUUGAUCUGGAAGUCGUAUGGACAUAUUACUGGACUGUCUCUUACUGGAUUUUGAGUUUUCUACCUCUGGAAUUCUAUUGGAUAUAUGCGCAUGUCUGAUUGUGAGUAUGUGUGUUAGUUUUUGGCAGUGUGGGAUGUGAUCCAGGGAAUGUCUGCCCGACUGUAUUUGUGAAGAUUUCGGUAUUAUUCUGUCCUCAUUUCACUUUUCAAUGCCUGGCAUUACUGCCCGGCAAUUUGCCUCGGGUUUCCUAUGUUUGUUGAGCUCCCGGCCUUGGGGUUAACCCUUUUUGUGCCACGGGCAAGAUGAGUGACAGCUCUGGAACAAUGAACAACUCGGGCGCCAUGGUGCUGGAGGAGCCCGACGUAAGGGGAGGUUCUGGUGGACGCGACCAAGCCCAGGCCCCUGCGCGUGGUGGUCCUUUUAGGUGUGGGAGCUGUGCCCUCUGGCCUCGCCAACAGACCUGGCUCUGCGUAGUUCCACUUUUCAUCGGAUUUAUAGGUCUGGGGCUGAGCCUCAUGCUGCUGAAAUGGAUCGUAGUGGGUACUGUGAGAGACUACGUGCCUACAGACUUGGUGGAUGCCAAGGGUAUUGGCCAAGACCCCAUCUUUCUGUCCAAACCAAGCACUUUUCCUAAAGGACCUGAGACCACUACCACUACUACUAUUGGAGUGCUUUCCUCUGUCAGCCCCACUGUCACCACGGUGGUGAGGGGCAGGACUCGUAUAGUAACUCAGCCAAACAUCCCCCCUAGAGGUGGCGGGGCAUCAGGCAGCCAGGUGACACAAAAGAGUCCUUCUACGCGCUUUGUCACGCGUCAUCCGUCCCUAACUAUCACAGCCGCCUCCACAACAUCUACUGUCCAAACAUCCACCUCUAGCCCUUCUCCCUCCAACCCUGCUGUUCUAAAUGACUCCACCCAAAUGUGGACGAAAGAGCAGUCAUCCACCGAGAGGCAAAUGACCACACCUGGUCGAACCCAUGUCAGCCGCAAGACACCAUCACCGACCCUUCCGCCUUUGAAAUCGGAGCAUUUCAAGCCAUGUCAGGAGAAGGAUCUGGCCUAUUGCCUGAAUGACGGCGAGUGCUUUGUCAUCGAGACCCUGAGCGGCCCACACAAACACUGCAGGUGUAAAGAGGGCUUCCAGGGUAUUCGCUGUGACCAGUUUCUGCCCAAGACUGACUCCAUUCUGUCCGACCCAAUGGAUCACUUGGGCAUUGAGUUCAUGGAGAGCAAGGAGGUGUACAAAAGGCAAGUGAUGUCUAUCACAUGUAUUGCUAUGGGGAUCAGCUUUCUAGGCACCCUUUGUGUGGCUCUCUACUGUCGGAACAAGAGGCGAAGAGAAAAGCUUCAGGCCCACUUGAAAGAAAGCCGCAGCCAGAAAAACUACAACCUCAAUUCUUCCAGCCUGGCCCCUAAGCCCACCCUUAGGCCUCAGUCAGGCCCGCAGCUGCAGAAGUAUUAUAAAUCAACAAGGUCUGCUCCACCACAUGGGGGCGCAGUAUGUGAGUCCCGUACCGCUGCCUCUACCAGUCCACAGGGCACAUCAACAGGAAAGCAUCCCAGGAGCAGUUCCCUUUCUCACAAUCCAGAUCAAAAGAGUUGCUCUGCUCUUCGGUCUGCUCCGCGCAGAACACCGCCAAUAACUAGAGGAUGUCUGAAUGCCAUUGGUGGAUCGAGAGAUUCUGGUCCUGCCUACCAACAUCUAAAGGAAGUAGACAGCUUAGAGAAAGAGUCAGUAAGAAGGAACACCUCGGGCCCACCUAAUGAUCUACAUCAGGAUUCCUUUUACAAUAUGCAAGCCUCACAGUCCUCUAAAUCAUGGAGCAGCCACUUAGACUACAGGUCUACCCGGAGCCUCAGAUCAGGCACCCCUGCUCCCUACCGACCCUGCUCCAUACCCAUCAUCCCCUCUGUCCACUCUUACCAGGACGAGGACUCCUGUAUGCAAACAGCACCUACCGAUGGCACUUCAGCUCCCCUAGAAAGCACAGCGGAUGGCUCUGCCGUCAAUCAGCGCCCCACCGUAACGAUUUCCAAUAAAGCAGCUGGUCGACAGGAGGAAGUGGUCUCUCUGCUAGAUGAGGCUCAGGAACAGCUCAGAGCGCUAGCGUACGCCCAGAGGAAACAGGAGGACACUGUUGGCUCCAUUCCUCAGGGGGCCAAAGAGACUGUGUGCAUCCUUUUAGCAAAUGGUGGGGGACACGGGGGAGUGGCUUCUUUUGGUCCCACAGAGACUCAGUUAGUAGGCCCGAGAGACACGCACAAAGAUGCCACAAAGCCUGGCCAAUGAGAGCAUUUGACCGACAGGACUAGCCACAAACAUCCCUUGCGUCUUGGGCACGAAGCACCAGGGUGCUCUGCCAAAUCGGGAUGAAUCACUAAAACUAACAUUCGAUUUCCGAGAACCUGCUGUGCGUAUGGGCGACUGACAGUCUUGAACACGUGAAAAGAUAAUUUAUUUAUAUGCAUUUAUUUAAGGAGAAACUUCUACUUAGAAAAAGAAACCAAAUAGUCUGUCAUCUCCAUGGUGUUUUAACUGUAUAAAAUAUACAUAAAUAUAUAUAAAUGGAUAUAAAUAUAUGAAUUCAAACUGGUGACCAAGUACAGAAAAAAAAGGAAUAUGGGAAUACGAAAGGUUCUUUUUUUAUUUAUCGAUCCUCCAGUUUCAAAAACUCUAUGUGAGAAAAAGUGCAUUUUAAAAAACAAACAAAAAGGAGUUGUUUUUCACUCACCACAUAUUUAGCCAAGCUAAUGUUGUCCAACACACAAUCUUGUGUUUUGCACCUGCAGCAGCUGUGUUUACUAUCACCAUCCCAGUCAUUGUCCUCUACCCUGCCAAGGAACAUGGCUCCAUCUGCCCUAAAACACAGCAAGCAGAUCAUGGAUUGUAAUCAGACAAAACUCCUAAACAAUCAUUGUGUGCAGGCAUGAGGUAACUGAUAGUUAAGCACUGCCUCCGAGACCUCGAUGGGAGGAAAUUGGUAUGUCUGACAGUAUGUGGAGCGAUCUGCUUUUUCUGUUCUGUGCCUCAGUGACGUUCAGUCUGGUUUAAUUCAUUUCGGUUCGGAUGUGUGUAAAGAUAAGCUCUGUGAACAGAGCAUGUCGUGUUACACACCAUCUGAGAUGCACAAACAAAUCAUGAACGGCCCCUCUGAACGGACAGAGGCGAGUCCUGCGCCGGAUGUCGGGUCAGGAUCAACCGACACAAGGAGCUUCUGUGAUUUUUCUUUUGUUUUUAUGGAAUGAACUGCUGCUUUCUGAUGGGAGGGAGGUGGGGGAACGGUCACAUUGAGUCAGUACUCUACCUGCGGAUCGGGACGUAUUAUUUCUGUGAAUUAACAACCAAAUGUGCUAAGAAAGAAGAAUUAACAAAUGAACCUAUGAUUGUUUGUUUGUUUGUUUGUUUCCAAUGUUUGUUUGUUUUUGUUUCUGACCCCCCACUUAACACAGUUGUGCAUGUUGAUGGUAUUUUAAGCAGUCAAGCCAUGAAGACAGAAAAUUUUCGGGUUUGAUACUGUAACAACAUUUGCUGAAUCUGUCACAGUUGUAUGCCCAUAACGAUCUACAAACAAGCCACAAAAAGAGAAAACGGAGCAAAAGAUGUGACAAUUGACGUGUCUGCUUAUUUCAGCCCAAAUCCUGGUAUAUUACCUUUAAAAUGAAUGGUCUGCCAAGUUUUAUAGAUCAGUUUUAAUAGAAUUUUUGAUGUAUGGUCAAAGAUGUGGUCAAGUUUAUCCUGCAUUUCUAUCUUUUUAUGUGUUUUUCCUCAUCUAACAUUUUUAAGACUAAGUAGUUUGGCAUCAUAAAAAUCUAUAUUUGCCCCCAAUGCAUCUUGCAUUCAUCCUUCAUCUUCCGGUCCACAAGCAGUCCUAACCUGAGGCCAGGUAAAAGUAAAGAUGAAGAGUUGUGAUGACAAAAUGAUCAUGUAAACGAAUAAGAGACCUGAACUAUCUUAAAUAUUAAGAUUGAAUUUGUAUAAAGAACGCAGGAAAGAAUAUAAGGGUGGAAGUUUUCCUUUAAAAUGAGCUGCAUUGACGUUUUAUUUGUAUUUUUUUUAUCCCUUUUGUCAUAAGUGUCAGAAAACCAGUCCACUCUCACCAAAAUGCGUACAAAUAACACGCAGUGUGAUUAUCAUGCAAUAGACACGCCAAAUUCCGAUUUUGCAUGCAUAUGAUACGCCAGUCCUUCCCGUUCACUUAUAUGGCGCAUCUUUUUGUGUCGUUUUAUUUAUUGGUUUUUCAUUUGUUUUCUGUUUUUUACCAUUGUCGCUUGGGUUUUGGGUUAGAGCAACUUUUUGUAACAUAAAAUGACAUCCAAACCCCGAUUUUAACCCCAACUCCAAGCGACCAUGAUUUAAAAUAGACAAAACAUGGAGAAAGCUAUAUAUUGAAUUACAUCCUAAAGCAAAACCCAAAUCUAACCCUAAACCCAAGCGAAAAUGGUUAAAAAAAGGAGAAACCAAAAAAAAAACGCAUUUGGUGAGAAUGGGUUGCAGCACACAUGUCAAACUAUGUACCCCAUCUGUCACUGUACCCUUUCAAAAGUACAGCUUUGCACCUAAAGUGUUGAUAUUAGUACCUCAGAGGUACAUUUUGGUACCAAAGAGCGCUUAUUAGUACCUCAAAGUUACAUAUUAGUAUCUCAAAGGUACUUUUUGGUACCAAAUGUAAACAUAUCUGUACCUAAUGUAUAUAUAUUAGGAUCUUUUUAAAGGGGACAUAUCAUGAAAAUCUGACUUUUUCCAUGUUUAAGUGCUAUAAUUGUGUCCCCAGUGCUUCUAUCAACCUAGAAAAUGUGAAAAAGAUCAACCCAGUAACUUAGUUUUGGUAAACCAUUCUCUGCAAGCAUGUGAAAAAAUAGGUCAUUGUAAUUUGGCUCCUAUUGUGAUGUCAGAAUAGGAUAAUACCGCCCCCUUUAUCUAACCACGGCACAGCCAUUUAGUGCAGAGAGAAAGAGAGAGAGAGAGAAAAUUAUUCACAGCACAACUGAGUUUCAAUUGCAACAAACCACCAUCAUUGUAAUCAGUGUUUGCACUCCAUCUGCUCAUUUGCAUUUUAAAUGACACACCCCAAAACGGUACAAAAGUGGCAAUUUUAACAUGCUGUAAUUAAUUAUCUGUGGGGUAUUUUGAGCUAAAACUUCAAUUACGCACUCUGGGGACGCCAAAGAUUUAGUUUACAUCUUAAAAAAAAUCUCAUAAUAUGACCCCUUUAAAGGGUACAGCCCCAGUGACAGCUGUGUAUACAUAUUUUGAUCAUUUUUUGCAACACUGUAGGCAGAAACUUCAUUAUGCUUAGCUUUACUUAGGACUUUCAUUACUACUACUAAUUUUUCUAAUACUGUUUUUAUUAUUAUGGUCCGAUUACAAUCUUAAAGUUCCUGCUACUUAGUAUUAUUAUUCUAUUAUUAGGAAAUAAUUUCGAAUACCUACAUGUACUCAAUUUCUGGACAAGAUUUAAAGAUAUAGUUUGGGAUUGGAGUAUUACUUGUAUUAUUCUAUUAGUAACAAAAUAUCUCACUUCAUCGUAGACCAGUGGUCUCCAACAUGGUGCCCGCACAGAGUAUGUGAGGUGCCCGCCAAAGCACAUUCUAGUUAAAGUCUUAAUUGUAAUAUUUAUUUAUUGCAUAUUAGCUUUGCUUCUUUUAUGUUAAAAUAAAAGUAAACAAAAACGUUUUGAGUAGAUAAAUAUCAAAAAGUAGCCCUCCAGAUUGUUUUAUCCAUUGUGGUAGCCCUUGCUCACACAAAGUUUGGAUACCCCAGUCCUAGACUAUGUUCAUAAUAUAGUUUGGAAUGGAGAACUACUUAUUACAUUAUCCAAAUAAGGAAAUAUAUUUUAAUAACUCUGUAAUAUCAUGUACUCCAUUCUUAACUGUAUCUAAAAACUGCAAUGAUUUGUUCUUUGCUUUACUCUGGGUACUCCGGUUUCCUCCCACAGGCCAAAAACAUGCAAGUUAGGCAAAUUGGAGAUGACAAAUUGUACCUCCCCCAAAUAUGGAUCAACUUGUCUGAAUAACUUGUGUAUGGAUUAACUGGUUCUCGCCAUAAAUAUAGCCGUAGAUGCUGGAAUGGCUAAAAUAAAGGAAGACGAAGAAGAUUUGUUCUUUUGCUAUUCAGUUUUCUUUGUUUUUAUUUCAUGUAAAGCUCCUUUGGAAUAAUGAAUAAUUGUGAAAAGCGCUAUAUAAAUAAUAAUGAAUUAUAUUGAUUUGAAUAUGGUUAAAGUUCAUUAACUUUUAUUAAAACUUCAUAGGUGGAGCAAUUAAACUGAACUGAUCUAUAAACUUCAGACUCAUUUAUAUCCAGGUACCGGCAGCAAAUAUAUAAAUUGUCCUACUGUUCUUUUCAGCUACUAAUGUGUUUGUUUGAAAUUGAAAAGAUGUUAAAAAAAUUGUUUCAUUUGAGCUGGACCAUAUUUUGUACACUGGUGCUUAAGUGCAUUGAAAUAUGUUUUUGCACAGUAAUUACAAUGUAUGGUACUUUAUGCUGUCAUUUUGACUUAUUGCAGACUGUAAGGUAUAUGUGACUUAAAUUGAUGAAAUAAUUACUGAAGACAAGUGCAUUGAAGACAACAUCAGCUGCGCAAUCGCCAACUGUGCAAAAAGUUGUCACGAGUACAGCUGAAUCUUCAUGGUUCUUCACAUAACAGCCCCUUGACAUAAACUUUAAUGUGCAAUCGCAAAAUCAAGAAAUGAAAUUUCUGUUCAUUCUUGUAUGUGAGAAAUUUCAUUAUUGCCCUUUCAGUUCAAAGAUUUAUUGUUUUCAUUUAAUCAUUUUUUUAUUUUUUCAAUAAAGAUGAAUCUUCAGUGUUGAAUAAUGCAAGAUUGUGUGUUUUGUGGGUU